GGUGAAGCAUUUUCUUCUUUUGUAAUGAGCAUGAAUAUAAAGUGAAAAUACUAAUGGAAAGUAAAAUAGGUUUUACUUAGCUUUCCCCCCACGGUUAUUAUUAAUUUAUAUUCUUCUUUAAAUAACUUUAUCAUUAUGAGUUUUAUUUUGAAACUCAUUCCUGCAGUGUCGGCCUACAUUUUAAUGGACUUUACAGAUUGUUUAACGCACAGCUGCGUCCAGAAUCGACAGGAACCGGCAAGACGGAGCCCGGUUGUGUUUACGGACCAGAGGAGGACCGACACCGGGAGGAAGUAGCUGGAAUGGACGCUCGAGGAGAAGGUUUACCUUCAGAUGUCCAAAAAGUGAUUGUUGGUGAAGAAAAACUGCAGGAGAAGAGCUCUGGUGCAAACCAGAAAUACCAUGAAAACCAGGGGAACCAGGACAAUCAGAAGGACCUGAACAUUAAAGAGGAGUUGUGGAGCAGUCAGGCAGGAAAGCAGCUUCAAGGCCUAAAGACAGAAAUCACCAAGUGUGCCUUCAGUCCUAUCUCUGUAAAGACUGAGGAUGAUGAAGAGAAACCUCAGCUCCAUCACAGAGACUCAGUGGGAGAACCAGAACCACAUCUAGAACCAGAUAAUAGGACGGCAGAGUCUUCAGAGACGGACGUCAGUGAUGGUGACUGGGAGGAAACCAGUAGAUCAAUUUUAAAUUUGGUUAAUAAUGUGCCCACAGAUGAAAUAUGUGAUGAUGAUGAUGAAAAACCAUUCGGCUGCUCUGAGUGUGGGAAAAAAUUUAGUCACAGUGGGAAUCUGAAACAACACCUGAGGACGCAUACAGGUGAGAAACCCUUCAGUUGUUUACAGUGUGGUAAGACAUUCAGCCGUAACACAAACCUCAAAGCUCAUCUGAGAAUCCACAGUGGAGAGAAAAGGUUUAGCUGCAGCGUCUGUCACAAAAGAUUCACGUGGAAUCAUCACUUGAAAACUCACCGGUGUGUUGGCAAAUCAGCAAACUGUGAUGGAUCAAGACCUGAAGGGAACUCACCUGAAAGAACAGGUGAUAAAGACGAGAAACCGCUCAACUGCUCCGAGUGUGGAAGGCGAUUUGUACACAACAAAGAUCUGAGCAGACACCUGAAGUCUCACACUGGUGAGAAACCCUUCAGCUGCUCCGAGUGUGGCCGAGGUUUCAAUGACAAGUCAACUCUGUCAAACCACCUGAGGACUCACACAGGGGAGAAACCCUUUGGCUGUUCGGUUUGUGGUACAAAUUUCACACACCGUGUGAGUCUGAAACAACACUUGAGGACUCACACUGGAGAGAAACCCUUCAACUGCUCUGAAUGCGGCAAAACCUUUAGCCGUAACACAAACCUGAAGGCUCACCUGAGGAUCCACAGCGGAGAGAAAAGGUUCAUCUGCAGAUUCUGUGAAAGAAAAUUCACUCGGAAACAUCACAUGAUCGACCAUGAGCGCAUCUGUACAUCGGCGAGCAGUAGAAGAACCAAACGGGACAGGAACCGAACACUGAUGCCCCGCCCUCACAGCCAUGGACUGGUGGUGCUCAUCAAGGGCGUAGAUUUGGUCUCAGCAGUUGUAGGAACACAACAACCCAUCACUUAUCUCCCACAUCCAUUGCAAAAUGAGCAAAGCGUGCCCAACAUGAACAUAUUGUGAGAGCAUGUGAGAAAUAAAACCAAGGAAUCGUUCAGUUUAAAUCUUGAAUUAUAAGAGUGAAGAAAACAGAGAGCUUUGUGACAGUUUUUCUUUUAUUUCUAUUAGAAUCCAGAGAAAGCUAAGGCUACAAAAUCAAGGGUUUUUGCUGAGUAGCACUUUGCUUUCUUACCUAAUGUUUCCAUUUGUACACUUACAGUUCUUCUUGUCAUUUGUAUUUAUGUGGCUUCAAAUUAAGAAGUUCUGUUGUCGCAAAUGCUGCAGUAUUGUUUAUGCGAUCACAAAAAUGCAGUUUUUCUCAUACCAGGUGUAACUAAAGUUCAUGUUGUCAGGUCAUAUGAGUGUAGAUGAACUAAAAUGUGACAAAAACAAUCUUCAGAUUCUGAAGACAAGUUAUUCUAACAAUGAACUCAUCCAAAAUGGUAGUUGAACUCUGAAGUGCAUCUCAUGAGAAACUUGUGACCGAGCUGCACCAGCGUUUAAUAAAUUGCUAAACAGUGACAUCCUCUGGUCCAAAAGUAAAACUACAUGUUUAUGGGAGCGGGGAUGAAACCAGCAGCAGGACAGCAGUUUUUAAAAAAAUGUCUUAGAGAAUAAAAAUAAAUGAAUAAAUAAAAAUGAUCAGACAGACAUUAUGACUUUUAAUGUUGUUUAUUUACCUGUGAAUAUCAUUGAUAGUAAUAGAAAAAUCAACAGACAGGAAAUCAAUUUAAUGAUAAAAAGAAUCUGUUACAAAAGCAGUCGGACAAAAAGAACCAUAAUUGCUAUAGUUUCUAUUCUUUUUAAAGCUGCCCAGCUCAAAUUUAAACCUCCUCGUUGAGCUGGUAAAGCAGCUGAAAAGUCUAUCAAAACUAAAUGUUUAAUUUCAAUCAUAAUCUAUAACCUUUGUCCAUUUUAAUUAACUUUAAAAAAACGCAAUAAAACACACAUGACAGAAAGCGAAGAGGAUCUGGUAUCAAUGUAUGACAGCGUGUGGCUAUUAAAUUGACUCUGAAUCAUUCAGUGGUACUAACAUUUCCAGGGAUAGUGGUUCUACUCUGUGUAUAAAGGAGUGUCAAACACUAUCAAACUCCUUCUCGAACAGCAGAAACAUCAACUGGAAAGAUGUUGAUUCCUGUUGCUCCACAUUUGCAUUUUUUGCAUAUGUGAUUAAAAUAGCCCCUGGUGUAUAACCUGUAUCUGUGGGUGAACAGUGAAAAUAAUGAAGCGGACAGAGAAGAACACGCCCUUGUGAGAACCAGUGCAGACGACUGUGUGUCACAACAAGACUAGACAAGCCUUGUUCAGCCGGGUGGCGAGGUCUGUGGGAAACAAUACCAGAACCGUUUGACCCUUCACCUUUUGGAACUUUUUUAGGACCUGAUAAAACUUAUACCCAAUACCAAAAUGUUUUAAAUGAAUGCCAAUUUUGCAAUAGUCAGCAUUUUCCAGGGAUAGUGUCACAUAAAGUGUGUAUAGAAAUGCCUUCUCUCCUUGGAUGUUUGCAUCAUGUACACAGCUACAACCUUCUGCAUGCUGCCUGUUCGCAAAGCAAGCUCCUAAAUUCAGUACAGAUUUGUUUUUUUGCAGACAACUGCAUCAGAUCAUGUAUUUGUACAAUUAGAUAUUCAAUGCAAAAAAAAAAAAACUGUAAUGAUUUAGCAGCUGGGAUUCCAAAAAGAACUCUAAAAUAAAGAGAAAUAACCUAAUAAAAAUACAGUAAUGUGCCAAAUUAAAGUGCAUUUUGUAGCCUUACUUUUACGUGGGAUCAUGUGUUUUUUUGACAUUUUUAUUUUUGAAAGAUAGUUACAUGAAAUUAAUCAUAUGAUGUAAUAGAUAGAUACAGUUGUGAACAAAUGUAUACACAUACUUGAAGUCUGUAAUUACAAAAUGUUUGUGUAA